AUGUUAAUCUGUGAAGCACACGGUUGUCUUUCAAAUGAAAAUACAAAAAUCGACGGGAAAGAUAUUUUAUUAUUCCGUUUUCCCGAAGAAAUAAAUCAAAGGAAUGAAUGGUUAAAGAAUUGUCAAUUGAUCGAAAAUACUGAAAGUAAUAAGCUAAUUUAUCUUUGUGAAUUGCAUUUUGACAAAACGAGUUUUAAUGAUUUAAAAGAGCUGGUUUCUAAUGCUGUUCCAACUAUUUUUGAUAAAGUAGAUGAUGACCAAAAAAAACGUAAAAUUGAAAAUGGAUCUGAAACUGAGUCACCUAAAACUCCACCGUCAAAGCAAAAAAAAUUAGAUAAUGAUUCGCAAAGUUUAGUAACUCCACCACAAAGUCCUUGUAUUCAAUUAGUAGAAAAUGCUGAUAAAAUAAAUGAGCAAGAUAAAAUAGAUAUAUCUUCUGAUAAAAUAUCAUUAAAUGGAUCUGCUCAUAUAAAACCUGAAUUGUAUCCAAAAGCAAAAAUAGGAAAAAAAUCAUAUUGUUUAACAAUACAAAUAGAUAAAAUAUAUGGAAAACCAUGUCCAAGAUCAAAAAAACUUAAAAUAUUGGCACAAUUAAUAAAAGGAAGUCAACAGUUUUCAGAAAAUAUGAAUAAUAUGAGUCAAAGAGAUCAAUCUCUAAAAAAAUUUAAUAGAAAGGCAAUUUGUGCAAAGGGUGGAUGUAAAUUGAAAAAAUCUAUUUAUGAUUCAAAACCAGCAUUUCAAUGUGAACACUGUGAUAAAUAUUAUAUAAUGAAAAAGAAUGAUAAUCAAGAAGAGAAAAAUAUUUGUACUAUAUGUCAUAAAACUUUUUCAUCUUCACAAUCUUUAUAUCUUCAUACUAAAACUCAUUUUAUAUGUGAUAUGUGCCAAACUGAAUGUAGUUCACAAGUAACUUAUGAUAAGCAUAUAAGAUUACAUGUUAGCACAGAUCCAUUGUAUCCUUAUAAAUGUCAUACAUGUACAGAAACAUUUGAACUUAAGGAAGAUGUUAGACAGCAUUAUUUAAUUGUCCAUCCUACAAUAAAACUACAGAACACAAUCUUACAAGUAACUGCUCCAUCUUUAACACAACAAAUGCAACAAGAUUAUCGUUGUGUCAGUUGUAACAUUACUUUUAGAAAUGAACAAGCCUACAGGAAUCAUAUAAGUUCCCAUAAAAAGAAAGAAGGAUUAAGAUGUAGUAUUGGGGAUAGUACUAAUAAUAUAUUUCCAGUACCUAAUCCAUUAACUGGUAGUCAAAUAGGUAUUCUUCGAGCUGUAAAGUUCAGUUGUAGAGUAUGUUCUAUGGAAUUUGAUAAUGUUGGUGAAGUAGAUAAACAUACUAGAACUCAUUUGGAAGAAGAUAGUGAGGAAGAACAUAAAUGCAAUAUUUGUAAAAAAUUAUUUAAAACAAGCAUACAACUCAAUGAACAUUUAAAAUAUCACUUAUCCCGUGCACAUUCUUGUCCUGUAUGUUCUAAAGCUUUUAUUAAUAGAACUACUUUAAAAAUACAUUUAAAAACACACGGUGAAUCGUAGAUUAUAAUUAAUUUAGUAAAAUAAUGUUUAUGCAAAAAUAAUUUUUUGAUUCCCGGCUGUGUCAAAUUGAAUAUUAUGAUAUUCAUGUAUUUUCACGCUUAUAGCGACAUUAUUUAAUCGGUAAGGUUCCUAUACGCGGAAACCAUUGUAUAACGUGUAUAUACAAAUUAAACAAAUAUACAAAUUUGUUUAAUUUUAUUGGCAUUUGUAGCCAAUGACGAGGCAGAGAAAAAUUAUGUAUGUUUAGAUAAAAUUAUUAAAUUCUUAAAUAAUUA